AUGAGUGGUACUAAUCACAAUGGAAACGAUUUUCAAUGUUUAACAUGCAACUUUAUCGGAGUUGCUCAGGAUAUGAUGAAGCAUUUAUCCACUACGAGACACAGAAAAAUCGAAUACAUUCCAUUGAAAGAAGUUUUAAAAUGUGAUGAGUGUGAAAAUGAUAACAUACAUCUAUUAAAUAUCAUAGUUUCAAGCAGUGAGGUGGCAUUGUUAUGUAACAAUUGUAAAAGUAACGAAUUUACUAUCGAUGAGUUAAAUGAUAAAUUACAAACAAAGAUCUAUAGUUUAUCCAAUGGUAAUCUUUUGAAAAAUUGGUAUUUAUACCUAAAAUAUCAAAAUAGUUGUUGUUCUGUGUGUGGGGAAGACAAUAAAUUGUUAUAUAUUAAUUCAGAUAAUGGCAAAAUAUUUUGUUCAGAGUGUUGUAAAGAUAAAACGUCAUCAAAAUAUAUUAGUGAAGAAGAUCCAGCCUUUAUUUAUAAGUUGCUAGGACUUGUAGAUCCUUCUUUUAAGAAAACGCAAAUGAAGAAAGGAACAAACAAAAAAAGAAUGAAAGGAAGAAAGAGAGGUAAAUUCAAAUCAAAAAAUGUUUCUGUUGAUGGCAUUGAUACACAGAAAAAAUUAUCUUUAAUGCAAAGGCUUGAUCAAGAAAGAAAAAAAACAAAAAACACUAAUAGACUUAUUGAAACUGAAAGUACCCUAAGUCUAAGAACGUUUAAAGGUACAAAGGCUAAAAAGGAAAAUCUGACCACUCCAACUUUGGGAAAAGGAAUGAUGCCUGACAAAAAAAGUGGUUUAGAAAAUCCAAAAAAGGGUGGAGCUAAUCAUAUUUUCCCCAAAGAAAGGACAAAUGGCAAAAAAAAUAUGGGAUCUGGUUCCAACUCUUUUCCUAGACGUACUAAUCCAUUGCCUAAUAAUGGUGCUAAUGUUAAAGGUCCAUCUUUAUCGACAAAUAAAAAUCUAAAAAAUAAUAAAAAAAGUUCUAAAUUUGAUUCUAAUUCAAAUGUGAAAGUUGCAUCAUUUGAUAAUAAAUUUUCCCAUCCUAACAAAAAAGAUGGAUAUUCUAGCUCUUUUUCUAUUAAAAAUAAGGAUUUAGUUCAUUCCAACAAUAAGAAUAUAAAGAAGACUAACGAUAACAGUAAUUAUAGUAAUAAUAACAAUAAUAAUAAUAACAAUAAUAAUAAUAAUAACAAUAAUAAUAAUAAUAACAAUAAUAACAACAAAAAUAACAAAAAUAACAAAGUUAUACGGUAUCCCAAUAGUAUCGCUAACAACAAACAUGUUUCCGACAUAGAUAAGCAAGAACAAAAAGCUUGCAAUCUAAAUCAUAACAAAUAUCUAGAAGAAGGUGAACACUCUCAAAAUUAUACGAAAGUCUUCAAAGCCGUGAUGAAUUAUAAAAAUUUGGAAUCGUAUUUAAAUUAUAUUUCCUAUGCAUUAUUCUUAGAAGCCAAAUUAGAAACUGGAUUUUUGGAAAAUUUUGAUAUUUUAUGGCCUAAAAAUCCUAUUGAAGAACCAUCGUUUGUUCUCGUCUUUAAAUCCAGGAAUAAUAAAGAAUUGGAUCAAAUUUGGCCAGAGCACUAUAAAAAAAUGAAGAGAUUACCAUUUUCUAAGCAACAACCAAUAAUGUUAACAGCGGUUGACAUUAGUAAUAAAAAUGAUUAUGAAUCUGACAAGAACAAAAUUUGGUACGCUUUUGUUAAGGAUAUUAAAGAUGAAAAAGGUCAAUUGAAAAUUUUAUUAGAAUGUUUCACAUGGUGUAUGGAACCUUUGCCGGUUUCUAGGGGCCACAAUGCUUUUAAAAUUUUACCCUGUGUACCACAAUUUGCCAGAAUCUUAUUUGCAAUGUCAAGAAUUAAAAAUCCCCAUUUUAUUAAAUUAUUGUUGGGCAAUGAAUCAUUCAGAAAAAUUAGAUUUGAAAAUAAAUUAACUUAUACCCAACAAAACUUAAAUGAUUCUCAAAAAGAUGCCGUUCAGUUUGCUUUGAAUAAUCAAGUUACUGUCUUACAAGGCCCCCCUGGUACCGGGAAAACAUCCACAAUUGUUGAGAUUAUACUACAGUUAAUUACUGCGAUGAAACAAGUUCCAAUCUUGGUUGUCGCAGCCUCAAACAUUGCUAUAGAUAAUAUUGUAGAGAAGUUAAUGAAUUUGGACAAAAAAAUCAACAUAUUAAGAAUUGUUUCCAUGUCCAAAGAAUCUGAUUAUGAUAUGGAUCAUCCAAUAGGUAAAGUUUGUUUGCAUAAUAUAGUGAAGAAUAAAAUGUCGCCCGACCUCUACCGUAUUUGGAAGAUGUUUGUUGAUCAUAAUAUUAACGGGGAAUUUAUGCAGCAUAGAAAGAAGAUGUUUGAUGAAAGGGAAAAGAUUAUUGACUGGUAUGUGGGGAGAGCACAAGUUAUAUUAACCACUAAUGUUGCCGCAGGAGGUAAAGAAUUACAGGUUUUCAAAGAUAUUCCAUAUGUCAUUAUGGACGAAAGUACUCAGUCCUCAGAGGCCAGUACGUUAAUCCCACUUUCUCUACCAGGAAUCAAAAGAUUUAUUUUUGUUGGUGAUGAUAAGCAAUUAUCUACUUUUAGUAACGUUCCACAGUUGGAGGUUUCUUUGUUUGAAAGAAUCUUGAAUAAUGGUACCUAUGCCAAUCCACCGAUGUUGAAUGUUCAGUUCAGAAUGCAUCCCAAGAUCAGUGAAUUUUCCAUUGAAAAAAUUUAUGACCAUGCAUUGUCGGAUGGGGUUACUGAAAAAGAUAGACAAUACUUGGGCAUUAAAUAUCCAUUGUUUUUCUAUAAUCUAUUUAAAGCCCCUGAAGAAGACUAUAUCAAUCCUGUUCAUUCAAGUGGGGCUUCGAAUAUCAGUCGUAGAAACGUUAGAGAGGCAAAUGAAGUUGUUAAUGUUGUCCUUAAAUUGAUGAAAGACAAAAAUGUUCCUAAAAGCAAAAUUGGAGUUAUUACACCAUAUUCAGCACAGCGUGAUUUAAUUGCUGCACUAUUACAAAAAAACAGAGAAGUCAAUCCUACCCAAAAAAAUAUUAUACAAGAGUUGGAUAAAGAGGACGCAUUGGCAUCAAGUAACGUUUCAUCCGCCUCAUCCUUGGGUAGUUCUACUAUGAAUUUUAUUGAUAGAAUCGUUGUUGCUACUGUCGAUGCAUUUCAGGGUCAUGAAAAAGAGUUUAUUAUAUUUUCUACUGUUAGAAGUAAUCCUUCUGGUAAAAUUGGGUUUUUGAGUGAUAAAAGAAGAUUGAAUGUUGCUUUGACGCGAGCCAAAAAUGGAUUGAUUAUUCUUGGCAAUAAACAAACUUUAUCAAGAAGCAAAGGUCUAUGGCACGAUUAUAUGGAAUAUAUAAGUAAAAAGAAUCUAAUAUUUGCCUCACUCAAAGAAUAUUGA